AUGAAAUUUUCCGAUCUCCUUCGACUACCUCUUCUUCUCACUUCAUUGUCAUUGACAUUCAUCUUUCCCUUGGUUGCAGCAUUAGGUCAAGAUCCAACAAUCACAACGAUAAAACCGGCAAAUGACAGGUCAUCACCUUUCCGAAUUGCAGGUAAAGGACUCAAUGGACAGAUAUUAGUGAGUAAAGAGGAAUGGUGGGGUGUAUUGAGAGUAGCGGAGGAUUUGGCAACGGAUUUAGGAAAGGUUGUGGGGGAGAAUUUGACGUUGGCUUGUUGGGAUGGUAAAACUGGUCCCAAUGCUUCAAAGGGGGGCCCCGGUGGUGGAGGUGGUGAAAAUGGAAUUGGUGGCGAUGGAAAUGGCUUCCCGCCCCCGUCUCCUCAAGCAAAUGGAGGGAAUAAUGGCAAUGGUGAAGGAGGAGCGGUAGGAGAUAUCGCGAAUUCAGGUGGCGAUACGGGACAUAAUGCGAUAGCAGACAGCGGAAGCGACGGUGCGAUUGAGGUACUUUAUACUUAUAAAGCGCCUACAAAUAAUGUUAAUUAUACCCUAGGUCCAGAGCAAAACUUCACCGGUCCUACUCUCUACCCAUCUGACCCUUCAUCUACAGUCCUCAUAGUUGGGACUCUUACACAAUCUCCACUCAUCGCCCAACUCAUCUCGUCCGGUCUCCUUGACCCCAAUCCAAUCAGGGGAAAAUGGGAAGCAUUCAUGUCUGUCAUCAUCCAAAAUCCCUUACCCGGCAUUGAUAAGGCAAUGGUAAUUGUAGGAAGCGAUCUUCGAGGUACCAUAUACGGACUUUACGAUAUUAGUGAACAAUCAGGUGUUAGUCCUUGGUGGUGGUGGGCAGAUGUCCCAGUGAGAACACAAGAUGGCGUUUGGGCAUUAAGUCCGAAUGCUACGCAACAGCAUGGAUCAGGGCCACAAGCCAUAUCUGGACCUAUGCGUUCGCCCUCUGGACCUCUAGGUGGGGGAAUGCAAAUUUUGAAGAUUCAGGACACGCCGAGUGUGAGGUAUAGGGGAUUCUUUUUGAAUGACGAGCAGCCUGCUUUGACAAAUUGGAUUAAUGCGAAUUACCCUCAAGGAAAAUACGGACCUGGAUUUAAUCAUUACUUCCAUUCUCACGUCUUUGAACUUCUGCUGAGAUUGAGGGCCAAUUAUUUCUGGCCCGCUCAAUGGAAUAGUAUGUUUAACGUAGACGACUAUGCCAACCAGCCAUUGGCAGAUGCAUAUGGAAUUGUGAUGGGAACAAGUCAUACAGAACCAAUGGCACGUGCAACCAAGGAAUGGUCUACUUUUGGCAAGCAAUAUGGCGGUAACGGACAAUGGGAAUACGACACAAAUAACGCAUCCGUCGCCCCAUUCUUUAAAUACGGCGCUCAGCGUGCCGCUCCCUACGUUGCAAAUACGGUUUUCACAAUGGCGAUGCGCGGAUCUGGUGAUACAGCUCUCUCCCUAACCCAAGCUCAAGCUAUUUCUGUGCUGGGCGAUAUAGUGACUAAACAGAGGGAUAUAUUUGGGGAAGUAUUCGAAAAGAGGAAUGUGUCGGAAAUUCCGCAGGUGUGGUGUUUGUACAGUGAGGUUCAAGGGUAUUAUGACGCGGGCAUGACGGUUCCGGAUGAUAUUACUUUGUUGUGGGCAGAUGAUAAUUUUGGGGAUGUGAGGAGGCUACCGUUGGCUAAUGAGACGGAGAGGAGUGGUGGUGCUGGUGUUUAUUAUCAUGUGGAUUUUGUUGGUCCACCGAGGGAUUAUAAGUGGAUUAAUACUAUCCAACUUGAGAAGACGGUCGAGCAGAUGCAACUUGCCUCCGCCCGUCAAGCAAACCGAAUCUGGAUGCUCAAUGUAGGCGAUCUCAAACCCCUCGAAAUUCCAAUAAACCACUUCAUGGACCUCGCAUAUAACACACCUCAAUGGGGUUACGAUUCUGUUCCCACCUGGCUCAAAUUAUGGGCCACCCGAGAAUUUGGCCCCGAAUACGCUUCUAAUAUCUCAAGUAUUGUGGACACAUAUGGCAUGUUGGCCGCUAGACGUAAAUUCGAGAAUAUCGAUUCGACAGUUUAUUCGGUCAUCAAUUAUAAUGAAGCUGACGCUAUUCUUGCCCAAUGGGAGGAGUUGGCUCAAGAUGCGCAAGCCGUUUAUGAUAAAUUGGGAGAGGAUUGGAAACCAGCAUAUUAUGAGAUGAUUUUGCAACCAGUUCUUGGAGGACAGGUCGUUAAUCAGAUUCAUAUUGGGGCGGGUAAAAAUGCGCAUUAUACGGAACAGAAGAGAAAUGCUGCGAAUGAGGUUUUCCAGGAAGUUUUGGAUGCUUUUAAGAAGGAUCAUAACCUGACGCAGAGAUAUCAUAAUUUGCUUGAUGGGAAAUGGAAUCAUUUUCUGGACCAAACUCAUCUGGGCUAUGAUUAUUGGCAACAACCCAUGCGUAAUGCUCUUCCUCCCAUGUCAUACGUUCAAGCUCUUGAAACGUCUCUGGCAGGAAACAUCGGCGUCGGAAUCGAUGGUUCAAAUGCCACAGUAUCCGGAGAUGACAAUUAUCAUACUCUUUCCUCGGAAGUAUUGACUCUACCUCCUAUGGAUCCGUAUGGACCGCAAACCCGUUAUAUCGAUAUCUUUGCUCGGGGACUCCUUGGCUGUAGCUGGACCAUCAAUGCUUCUCAACCUUAUGUUCAUCUGUCCCAAACUACAGGUAUAACCGGCGGAUCAAACGGAACCGAUACUCGGAUUUACGUAUCCAUCGACUGGGCAUCCGCGCCCCCAGCCCCAAACAGCACAAUCGUAACCCUCCUCAUAACCACCUCCUGCGAAGAUGGACAAUGGGGAAACUACGGACCUCCAUCCGUCCUCCUCCCCGUAAACAAUACCCUCGUCCCCUCAAACUUCUCCAACGGUUUCGUCGAAACCGAUCGUCACAUUUCCAUCGAAGCAGACCACACUUCCUCCUCCACCUCCGUAAACGGCAUUUCCUACAUCACACUCCCCAAUCUCGGUCGCACCACCUGCGGCGUCACUCUGCAUCCUGUUCUAGCACCUACACAAAAUACCACUAAUGGCCCCGUGCUUCUCUACAACCUAUAUACAUUUACCCCUACCCCGGUAACUAAAAUCACGCUCUACAUCUCCCCAUCCCUCAAUCAAAAUGGAAGAGAAAGAACACUUAAAUAUGCAAUAGCGAUCGAUGACGAAACUCCACAAAUAGUUCAAUUUGUACCGUCAAGUGUUUCAACGGCCAUUUUUCCAGUGGGGUGGGCAGGCGCGGUAAUGGAUGGUGUUUGGGGGCAGAGUAGUGGGAAUACGACAACGACGAGUCAUGGGGCGUUGAAGAAGGCGGGAGAACAUAGAUUGAGGAUUUGGGCAAUUGAGCCAGGGGUUGUUUUUCAGAAGGGUCCCCCAGAGAGUUUUAGAAUCGGUGGGAGUGAAGAUGUUGGGAAGGCAAAGACAAAUUUUGCGGGUGUGGAUGUUGGGAGAUGGGCGAAGGGUGUUGUUUGA